AUGGUGGUGUUCGGCGGACGGGAGCUCGCGACGGGACGGGACGCGAACGACGUGUGGGAGUACGACUUGAGGUGGAACGCGAGCGCGGGGAUUUACGACGGGAUGUGGACGCGAUUGCACGAGGGAGGGACGGGGGGGGGGGCGAAACCGCGCGGGAGGAGUGGGGCGAGCGCGUGCGCGCUGCGCGGGAAUCUGUACGUGUUCGGAGGGUACGGGGGGGGGGUGGGAGAUUUCGACGAUUUGUGGGUGUUUAACCGCGCCGCGGGACGGUGGAGCGCGAUUUCCCCGGUGGGCGGGACGAGACCGCCGAGGCGAAGCGGGGCGGCGACGACGACGCCGCACGGGGAACAGGGCGCGGCGUGUCUCGUGUUCGGAGGGAACGGUAUGAAUGACGUGUGGGAGUUUAAUAUCGACACGAACGCGUGGAGUUUGGUGCGAGACAAUACGGCGACGACGAGCGCGGGGGGGGCGACGCUCGCUCCGCGCGUCGUGGUCGUCGCAUCCACGCUUUUAGCUGCAGCGUUUGCGAUGUAA